GCGGGGCUCCGCCUCGGUUCUCGCGAGUCUUUCGGUCUGACAGACAUGGCCGACUCGGAGGAUCCGCGGUGAACGGAACCAUGAGCCAAGGAACCGCAGACAGCGAGCCUGAGGCUAAGGUGUUGCACACCAAAAGGCUGUACAGGGCGGUAGUGGAGACUGUUCACAGGCUUGAUGUUAUUAUAUCUAACAAGACUGCGUACCAGGAAGUGUUUAAACCCGAAAACAUCAGUCUCAGAAACAAGCUACGAGAGCUUUGUGUUAAGCUUAUGUUCUUACAUCCUGUGGAGUACGGAAGAAAAGCCGAAGAAGUCUUGUGGAGAAAGGUUUACUAUGAUGUCAUUCAGCUGAUCAAAACAAACAAGAAGCACAUUCACAGCCGCAGCGCCUUAGAAUGCGCAUACCGAACGCACCUUAUUGCUGGAGUGGGAUUUUAUCAGCACCUCCUGCUUUACAUACAGUCUCACUACCAGCUGGAGCUGCAGUGUUGCAUCGAUUGGACUCAUGUCACAGACCCACUCAUCGGCUGCAAGAAGCCAGUGUCAGCCUCUGCUAAAGAGAUGGACUGGGCACAGUUGGCGUGUCACAGAUGUCUGGUCUAUCUGGGAGACUUGGCUAGGUACCAGAAUGAGUUGGCUCUUGUGGACACUGAGAAACUGGCUGAAAGGUUUUACUAUCAAGCUCUUACAGUCGUUCCCCAAAUUGGAAUGCCAUUUAAUCAGUUGGGUACACUGGCUGGAAGCAAGUACUAUCAUGUGGAGGCCACCUACUGCUAUCUGCGCUGUAUACAAUCUGAAAUAUCUUUCGAUGGUGCUUACGGCAACUUAAAAAGGUUAUACGACAAAGCUGCAAAAAUGUAUCACCAGCUUCGGAAAAGCGAGACCAGGAAGUUGUCGCCCAGCAAAAAAAGGUGUAAAGAUAUCAAGAGGCUUUUAGUAAGUUUUAUGUAUCUGCAGAGUCUUCUACAACCUAAGAGCAUCUCUGUAGAUUCGGAACUGACUACCCUCUGCCAGUCAGUCCUGGAGGACUUUAACCUAUGCAUGUUUUAUUUGCCGUCAUCCAUUAAUCUGAGCUCAGCAAGUGAGGAUGAAGAUGAGUACGAGGGUGGCUACUCCUUUUUGCCUGACCUGCUUGUUUUCCGUAUGGUUGUGAUCUGCCUGAUGAGUGUCCACAGCCUGAAGAGGGCAGAUUCUAAGCAAUAUAGUGCUGCUAUUGCUUUUACCCUCGCUCUCUUUUCCCACUUGGUAAACCAUGUAAAUAUUAGACUGCAAGCUGAGUUGGAGGAGAAUCCUGUUCCUGCUUUCCAGAAUGACAUCCCAGAUGACCCAGAUUUUAAGGAGGUUUCAGAUAUUAUUGAGAAGGAAACAGGGACGACUGAACCGGCAGCAACCUUAAGCCAGGUAAACAAACAGCCAAAGCCAAAGACUGAGCGCAAGAAAAGCCGCAAGUACUCCCGUCUGUCCCGCCUCAGGAGACGGAGACAUAUAAGGAAGGUAGACGAGAGUGAUUUGAGUGAAGGCUUUGAUUCUGAUUCCAGUCAUGGUUCUGGCAAGGGCAGUGAUAUCUCUGAGAGUGCUUCAGAGAAGAGUGAUGAAGAGGGUGCUUUCGACAUGGAGACAGAUUCGGAUAUGAAUAGCCAGGAGUCCCGUUCUGACCUGGAAGACAUGGAGGAUGAAUCGGGAGAAGAGGCUAAAAGUAACAAAGGAUUUAAGGACAUCAACAAUGAGCGAACAGAGGAACCUGAAAUCAAGGCUGAAAACACAAAGAUCGAAAGCCAAGACCCUCCAGUCAAUGGGCCUGGUUCAGGCAGCAGUGAAACCAGUAUAGCCAGCAACCUCCAGGCCAUGUCUACACAGAUGUUUCAGACCAAACGUUGUUUUCGCUUGGCACCCACUUUCAGCAAUGUCUUCGUAAAGCCUGUUUCAGAGCCUGCUGCCCCCACCCCUGAAGAACAAGUGCCAUUAGUAAAUGGUGAUGUGGAGAAACCAUCUGCAGUAGAACAAGAAGAUGCCUCAGAUUCUGAGGAGAGCGUAUUGAGCAACAAAUCCUGUCGAAAUGAGAAGAGCCUACAAGAGAAGCUAGAGAUAAUCACCUGUGAGGGGUUGCUGGCCAGUGUAAAGGUCUUCUUGGACUGGCUGAGGACCAACACCGACAUCAUUAUCAUGUGCGCUCAGAGUUCGCAAAGUCUGUGGAAUCGAAUGUCUGUCCUUUUAAAUUUGUUGCCAGCUGCAUCAAAGAUACAGGAAGCUGGUAUCUCUCUGUGUAAUGAAGUGAAGAAUCUACUGCGGGAGUCUGAGUAUCCAGAAAUAAGAAGCCACCUGCUGCUUCCUGAGGACAUGGCUCUUAGAAACCUUCCUCCUCUAAGAGGUGCCCACAGAAAGGUCAACUUUGAUCAGGAGAGACCAGUACUUAGCGUCCUGGAAGAGUCAGUUGUGCGCAGCUGCUACAUUCAGAGUUUUGGGCAUUUUCUGACGCGCUUACAAGGCAACGUUCUGCAGUUCAACCAAGAGCUGGGCAUUUUCACAAGCAUUGCGGGCACAGAACAGGACAACAUUUUACAUCAGGCACAAGCACAGUUCCGCAUGGCGCAGGAAGAAGCCCGGAGGAACCGUCUCAUGAGAGAUAUGGCUCAGCUAAGGCUACAGCUGGAGGUUUCACAACUUGAAGGAACUCUGCAGCAACCAAAAUCCCAGUCUGCAAUGUCGCCAUACCUUGUCCCAGACACUCAAGCCCUCUGCCAACACCUGGGCAUCAUCAGACAGCUAGCCAGCAGUGGCAGGUUCAUAAUCAUAAUUCCACGGACAGUUAUUGACGGCCUGGACUUCUUAAAAAAGGAACAUGCUGGUGCCCGGGAUGGAAUCAGAUAUUUAGAAGCAGAGUUUAAGAAAGGGAACAGGUAUAUUCGUUGCCAGAGAGAUGUUGGAAAAAACUUUGAAAGAAACAAAUUGAAGAGACAAGAUAAUGAUGCUUGGCAUCUGUAUAAGAUCCUGGACAGCUGCAAACAGCUCACAGUGUCACAGGGGAGUAGUGAGGAAGAUACGGCUGGAAUGGUGACCAUUAUAACUGGUUUCCAACUUGAUGACGCAGACUGCAUAUCUGACUUCAUGCAGUCUGCUCUGCAGGCUGCCUCCAGUGCCAGCAUAGAAAUAAAGAAUGUACUGGAUUUCUACAAACAGUGGAAGGAGAUGGGUUGAGCAUCCAAAGUCAUAUGUGCUGGCAAAAAAAUGAAAAUCACCAGAUCCCCUUCUCAGCCGCAGCGCAGAAAUGGAAACAAAGUAAAAAAAUAAAAUAAACAUCACUGGUGGAAGAUAACGAUCUAUAUCAGAAAAGCCCAAAUUAUGUCCUCUCUGAAAAAAAUGAUGCUACAUAACCAACCUUGCGUGGGCUGUGAUGUUGGAGUAAAUGGAGGAGCAUGACUUCCAUUAGCUGCCGGGGCUGGAAGGGAAGCCUCAACAUUCAUCUUCUGCAGUGUGGACCCUAGUGUUUGAAAUGUGAGCAUUGGCCCUGGAUCAUACAUCUUCUCAGCUUUCUGGUGGUUCGGACAGGACCAUAAUAAAUUCCUUUUUUUUUUCUUUGUAGUGUGGUGACUGGUGAAAAAAAUGAUUUUUCCAACUAGUUCCCCAAUUCCAACUUUCAGGAAUCACAUACAUGUCAGGUUUUCAGGAUAUUUCUUAAAGAACAAGUAUAAUCCUUGUAUAAUCAGGUUGGGAUAUCCUUAAAUCGUGGUCUGUAAAGUUAGUACCUGUGGACUGGAGUUUGAAACACUGUGCGACACUAUACCUGUGUCUUUCCUGGCUCCCCAACCAUAUUUCAUAUCCAUGUCACUCUGUUUUCUUUCUUUCCGAAAAGGGUUCCUUUAUGUGCAAGAGUUUGGCUCAAAAUGUUUGGAGAAGAACAAUAAAGAGAACAUGCUAUUUUAUUUAACACAGAUAAAAA